CGUCGGACUCUCGAUAAAGAUUAGAUAUGGACUAGCCCGUACUGCCAACGCCGCUGUUCUCCUCUGCUCGACACCGUCGUCUCUGAAUCUUGAUCUUCUCUUUUCCACCUUAUAUCUCGACUUCCAUUCGAUAUGCCUCGCCAGUUCUUCGUCGGUGGAAAUUUCAAGAUGAACCCUACCUCGCAGGGUCAAUUGGAUUCUAUCAUCAGUGUCCUUAACUCUGCUGAUCUGGACAGCACGACUGAGAUCGUCGUUGCGCCUCCGUCGCUUUAUCUCAUCCCACUUAAACAGACGGUGCGACAGGAAAUACAGCUCUCUGCUCAAAACUGCUUCUACAAAGAGUCGGGAGCAUUUACUGGUGAAAUCAGUCCUGCGCAACUUGUCGACUCCAAUAUCCCCUACGUGAUUCUAGGCCACUCUGAACGCCGGUCCAUUUUCCAUGAAACGUCUGAAAUCGUCGCCAAGAAGACUGUGGCUGCCUUGACUGCGACGUUGAAGGUCAUCUUUUGCGUCGGCGAAACCCUUGAGGAGCGUGAAGCAGGCCUGACUACAGAAGUCGUUCAGAACCAGUUGCAGGCCGCUGUCAGUCAUUUGCAGGUGACCGACUGGAGCUGUGUUGUGAUCGCAUACGAACCCGUGUGGGCGAUUGGCACAGGCAAAGUUGCCACAUCCGCUCAAGCACAGGAGGCUCACUUGAACAUCCGCGCAUUCCUCUCUCAGGCAGUGUCCCCUGCUGUAGCAGAGAAUACCAGGAUUAUCUAUGGAGGCAGUGUUACUGCUGCAAACUGCCAAGAGCUUUCUACUCAACCCGACGUAGAUGGUUUCCUUGUCGGAGGAGCUUCAUUGAAGCCAGAGUUUGUCAAUAUCAUCAAUGCGAGGAGGAUUCAGGGGUGAUGAGUCUCUCCAGUGUGCUUCUGUUUGAUAUACCAGGCAGAAAUAGGCAAUUAUGCUACCUAGACUUUGCAAGGAAAUAAGAUCACAUAGUGUAUGAGUAUUCGAUAGGUUCGAGUCCGUCUCGAAACUUGUAUUUGAUGAAUCGAUCAUGCAUAUAUAUGACGUAAUGUCAUUUUCCCAGCAAAU